AAAAGCGAGUCAUAAACUUUUCCAUUGCGUCAAUAUACAAUGGUUUUUCAGGCUGAUGUGUAUGUGAUCUUAAGGGCGGCAGCCUGAGUAAUUGACGAGCGGUUAAAGGGCAGAAGCAUUGUAAUCUUUAACGAUAGUCAAACUGCAUUGAGGGCGUUAGGCAGCCCUUUGAUCUCUUAAAAAAUCUUUCAGGAAUGAAGAAGCCGAUUGAACUUUGAACUCUGAGUGCACUACCCAUACCAACCCCUUUCUAGCCCAGACGCUCGAACGGCUGAACCUGAGUGGACUUGCCUUUCUAAAAUUUUUACAUCUCCGUCAUUUGUCAUAAGCGUGGAUACUUAAUACAUUAAUUAACACAAACUCCCGAAAUAGUUCGCAUGCUAUUUCGGGCAAUUUAAAACUAAGUGUGUAUUUCCUACAUUAUUGGAGGCAGUGAACCAUUAGUUUGGUCUUAGUGGUAAAACCCAACAGAAAAUUCUUCAGUUAUCCAAAAUGGUUCGAGUUGAAAUCGCUGCUUAUUUGUAUAUCUUCUAUCUAAUAGUUUGGCAUUCUCGUCUAUGUAUUUCCAACCGAAUGUACGACGUCAUUGUGACCAGGGUGACUUGUGAGGACUACAACUCCAGCAUAGUUUACAAUGUUUCCUGUACGACUCGCAACCUAAACCGAACCACCAAGGCAUACAGUUUAUCAGGAUAUAUUUUCCCGAAUAUUUCACUGAAUGCAAUUUUCGUGAGAAUAACCUUCCAUCAGAGGAUCAACACAGGUUAUCGACGUUUAAUAGCAGAUUCAGAAGAAAAUUUCUGCGCUUUUCGAAAUGGAACUUCAAAAAGCUUAGUAAUGAGUAUAUUAUGGCCAUUCUUGAAGGCUCACAGUAAUCUGGAUCAUAAAUGUCCCUUCUCGGGGUUCAUCUAUGUGAGCGACUUUAUUAUCAGAUUCGACAAUUUUCCCCCUGCUUUACCGGAGGGAGAAGGAAGAGUUAUGAUACACCUGCGAAAUGGUCCACAACGAGCAUCUUUAAUUAAGGUUGGAGUAUAUGGUGAAAUAAAGCCAAAAGGCGCCGCAUCUUUGAAGUUCUGAGAAAUGCCGAUAUUCGUUGAAUAUCUAGCAAUGUUGGUUUUG